UGCAGGUGAGCCCCGGUGCACUGUAGACAAUUACCUGACAAGCGAUGCGCACUCGAGUCUGAUCAUCACCAGCAGGCUCGAACACACUGCCUGUGCGUGUGCGCGCGUCUUACAUACAUUUGUAAUUAUUGUUGUUUAGUGUUAAUUGUUGAUCGUUGAGAUCGACUGGAGGCGAAUACGUCAGCCCAUACACAUUCACUCGGGAUAAUAGGCGCACAUCUCUUUUUUGGUGCGGGUGGCUGAAGAUCUGUCGGCUACCGCGAGCUGCUGCCGACGAUCAAUUACGACAAUUAAAGCAAUUAAGACUGUCAUUUCUAGAUGAGGAGUUUCCCAUGCUUUCCGGGUCGUGGGGUUAUUAUUAUUUAACCAUUCUUCAUCACGGCUGGUCGGCUCCAGUUGGUGAAGUUGGUAGCAGGCGGGCAAUACAGAGACUCGCGAGCAUAGGCGGUGCAGUACAAUCGCGUUGUGGUCAUGGAGGAGCUCUUCAAGGUGGUGGUAGUGGGAGAGGUACAGGUGGGGAAGACCUCGUUUGUGCAGAGGUACAGCCGCAACGCCUUCACGGAAAAUUACCGCAUGACCAUGGGAGUGGACUUCGCCUACAAAGUCCUCAAGUGGACAGACACGCAGAUGAUUAAACUGCACCUCUGGGACGUGGCAGGCCAGGAGCGGUACAUGAGCGCCACGAAGCAGUUCUACCGCGGAGCCUCGGGCUGCGUGGUCAUCUACGACCUCACGUCGCGGCAGUCGUUCGACAAGGCGCUCCUCUGGAAGGAGAGCAUCGACGCGCACGCCAGCCUGCCCGACGGCAGCCCCGUGCCGUGCCUGCUCCUGGGGAACAAGAGUGACCUGUCGGAGCGGGAGGUGAGCGCCGCGGACAUGGAGCGUGCGUGCCGUGAACACAAGUUCCUCGCGUGCAAGGAGGUUUCAGUGAAGAAGAACAAGAACAUCGGUGACGCAAUGAGGUGUCUGGUGGAGGCGAUGAUGGGAUGGGUGGCCAAAAACUCCUCGCAGAGCUUGGAGCAAGACAAUGUUCAACUUAACAAUGAAGAGAAGGCCUCUUGGUCGUGCUGCAGAUGAAUGCACCGCGACGUCCUCGAACUUCUGGGUCCGAACUCAAACACUCACGCCAUUGGCUGGCUCCCCGCUCCCUCCUGAGGACUUGCGCUCAUCUCUUGUGUGCGUCACACCGGCUGCUGCUGCUGUUGCUGCUGCCUGGUGCUGCACAACACCACCACACACACACACGAAUCGCGAGUUGUGCAGAGUGAGAGCAAGUUCUAAGAUGAGAGGGGGGCAGGCAGGUCGGAGGACUGGACGCUGGGAUUUAAGAGCCGCACCGAGUGAGGAGCGGAACUGCUUUUUGUGUUUAGUUUGUUGUCCUUCCCCCGCACCUCCGAUUAGCACGGUUGGCUACAUGGGGUUCGAAAGAAGUUCAACACACACACGUGGUUGUCAUUGAGCCCUGGUGCGAGGAAUGAAACGGGGCCACCCCCUGUACGAUCCAACCCCCUCCCUCAUUCGCCCCUCAUCAUCGGAGCCCAGUGCCUGCGCUCCUCCGGCCCGUGGGCCAUGGUGCAGUUGCACCGCCUGUGCAAUGAAUAGCAAUGCCACCUGCACCAAGUUCACAAUACGCACGGUGAUCGGACAACCACGACUGCACGUACGUUAAUUAAAACAUCACACAGCAGCUCGGAAGGGAAGAUCAUUGGGCAUAGGGUGGUAGGGAAUGUACUAAACCAUCUUUAACACUGCUCGAGCAUUGGAACAUGGGUGAAAUAGAUGUAACGAAUGAUGUAGAUAAUUCAGACAUUUGGCCACGCUUUACCAUGGCUUCAUUUGGCUAGUGACAAAAAAACAAACCGAAUGUUCCUGCCUCUCUGCCUUAUGUAACUUACACAAUGUGUGAAUCAGAACCAGGGGCAGACUUCUCAUUCUUGGCUACCAACACCAACACCCGCCAUUCGCCACGAAGGUCCAGUGCACUUUGAGGCCACGUGAAGUGUCGAAGGCUCGCUGACAGGAGGUGAUGGGACAGAGCUGGGCACACACCAAGGGCGGCCGAAUGAGAAAAAGGAGGAGCCCGUGCUCUGCGAUGACGUCAUUGCAUCUGAAAACGCGUGAAUAUAAAUGUGUCAUGUAAACAAAACACGCCAAUUCGUUACUAGUUUAAUGACAGAAACCAAUAUGUAGCCUAAAGGCUAUUUAAAAAUAAACAAAGGUCUGCGACUGGUAGAAAGAGGCCUCCACGGUGAUUGUUCGGGAGCCAGAGAAUAUACCCACAACAUUUACAAUUUGAGUAAGACGUUUCGCCAGUAAUUACAACUAGCAUCCU